CUAGUAAUGGCGAGGCGGGCACUUCAGAGUGCCUUGGGCGAGGCAGCGGUCUCGCCGCAAAAUCUCGCUCCUUAGACACGACCUUGAUUUGCUCCCGUGCGCAUUACUGCUUGUUCAUACAUUCCCCUUCCAGUCUUCAUCUGGAUGUGGGUUUCUCUUGCCUCUGUCUCCCUUGGACAUAUACGCCAUGGCUGCCAUCUCUUCGCUUCGCGUCGUUAGGCCGCAGAUUGACCUCACAAGCGCCACUUCGAGCUCUCCAUAUGCUGGGUCGGUUGGUGAGAAGGCCUUUUUUCGCAUUCAUAGCAGGAAGCAGCUCCUGGGUGCUGCUGCUGCUGACGCCGUGGAGAAGGCAUGUCCAGCGGCAGCCAAUGGCAUUGCACGGGCUGCUGUUUCUUCAUCUAGGAUCGCUAAGGGCGCUCCUAAGAGCUGCGCGAAGUCGAACAAGCCAGAGCUGUUAGUGACCAGGGAUGAAGGCCUUGAGCUGUAUGAAGACAUGGUGCUGGGGCGGAGCUUCGAGGACAUGUGCGCGCAAAUGUACUACAGGGGGAAGAUGUUUGGGUUUGUGCAUCUGUAUAAUGGCCAGGAAGCUGUUUCGACGGGUUUCAUCAAGCUGUUGAAGAAGGGGGACUAUGUGACGAGCACAUACAGAGACCAUGUGCAUGCCUUGAGCAAAGGCGUACCGGCCCGGCAAGUCAUGGCUGAGUUGUUCGGCAAGACCACUGGUUGUUGUCGAGGACAAGGAGGCUCAAUGCAUAUGUUCUCUGCUGAGCACGGGUUGUUAGGAGGGUUUGCUUUCAUUGGAGAGGGUAUUCCUGUGGCUGUGGGGGCUGCCUUCUCCAGCAAGUACAAACGGGAGGUUUUGAAAGAAGAAGGGGACAUGCCUGUUUCAAUAGCCUUCUUCGGUGACGGAACUGCCAAUAAUGGCCAGUUUUUCGAGUGCUUGAACAUGGCACAGCUGUGGAAGUUGCCAGUUAUCUUCGUGGUUGAGAACAACUUGUGGGCUAUUGGUAUGUCGCAUUUCAGGUCUACUUCGGAUCCGGAAAUUUGGAAGAAAGGCCCUGCAUUCGGAAUGGCCAGUGCUCAUGUGGAUGGCAUGGAUGUAUUGAAGGUUAGAGAGGUAGCGAGGGAGGCUGUAGAGAGGGCAAGGAGAGGGGAUGGCCCAACGCUGAUCGAAUGUGAGACAUACCGGUUCAGGGGUCACUCACUUGCCGAUCCAGACGAACUUCGGGAGCCUGCUGAGAAAGCACAUUACGCUGCGAGGGACCCGAUUGUUGCCCUAAAGAAGUAUCUGCUAGAGAACGAGAUAGCUACUGAAGCUGAAUUGAAGACCAUUGAAAAGAAGAUCGAUGAAGUUGUUGAAGAUGCCGUAGAAUUUGCAGAUGCUAGCCCUCUUCCGGAGCGCAGCCAACUGCUUGAGAAUGUAUUUGCCGAUCCCAAAGGAUUUGGAAUAGGUCCUGAUGGCAGGUAUCGAUGCGAAGAUCCUGGUUUCACAGCUGGAACUGCGCAGGUGUAAUACAACACAGGCAUAGAUAUUAUUAUUAUUUUUUCUUUUCUGGUAUUCUCGUAGGAAAUGCUUUAAGUGAAUAUGAUGCAUAGCCCAUAUUGGUAGAAGGUGCUUUGGGAAUCCUGGGAAACUCGUUUAAGCAGUGGUUUUUUGUGUACUGUUAAGGCUUUAGCCCUCAGUUGCAUUAACGCAGCUGCUAGAUGGAAGAAUCAGUCCUCUGGAUACAUUAGAAAAGGCCACUUCUCAGUAUAAUCGCUAUCUCAAACCAUCAUGGGUAGGAUCGUGGAUUUAGAUCAUCACUCAGUAGUGUGCUUGGCACAGGCAUUUCUGCAAUUUAUCCCCUUCUUGCUGAUUGCUAUUUUGUGCUAAUUGUUAUUUUUUUAGCUCGAUGGAAGUGUGAGCAUUCCAGAGAGAUAUUCAGAUUGCCCUCGUAGCAACAAGCCUGGUUUUCUAACGCUGGACUGUUGUUUUCUGAGUAGGAAACAGCAUAAUUGAGCAGCAACUUUAUACAGUUGCAAAUUGAGUACACAAUUUGAGGAUAUUGACUCAUCAUAUUACGUAUCAAAAUAUGCUAGCUUUACUUCCA